GAGGUUUUUUUGGAUUAGCCCCGGCGUUACAUACUCAGAGUCCCACCACUGUCCUUAUUCAAUACUUCUUCACCGACACCCAACCUUCAUGUCGCAAUGAGGGCGCUACUGUCUUUGACUCGACGGAGAUCUCCACUCUCGCUCCUUGUCGCUGCGCUCGCUAUUCAAGUGACUGCAGCGCCUGUCACAGCAAGCAACGUACUGACACCUGACAAUUUCGAAGAAACGAUUGCGAGUGGUGUUUGGUUUAUCGAAUACUUUUCACCUUACUGCCCUCACUGUCGCCAUUUCGCUCCAACAUGGACCGAAGUGACUGACCAUUUCGAGAAGCAAACUGACCCUGGUGUGCAUCUCGCUCAAGUAAACUGUGCACUCAAUGGAGACCUUUGCUCUGAGAAGGGUGUUACCGGAUAUCCUCAGAUGAACCUAUACCACAACGGAGAGUUUGUGGAUACGUUCACUAAGAACAGACAAUUUGAUCUUUUGGUUGACUACCUUGGCCAGCACGCGGUGCCAACAGGGGUUGCUGUCUCCGACUCAACAGUUGAAGAGAAAGUAUUCGCCACAGCACCUCCUCCAGAACCCACACCAGUUGUUGACGAACCUUUACGUGUCCAAGCUCCUCGUGUGGACCCAAAUCCUGCAGGAGAGGUGGUCAAGUUAACGACAGAAACGUUCGACAGUUUUCUAUCUCAAGGGCCUGCAUUUGUUAAAUUCUUUGCACCUUGGUGUGGCCACUGUAAGAAAUUGGCGCCAACAUGGUCUCAACUAGCCCGGCAUAUGCAACACAAGCUGAAUGUUGCGGAGGUGAACUGUGACGAUCAAAAACCUCUGUGCUCAAGUCAAAGCAUCACUGGCUAUCCGACUCUGCUCUAUUACGCUCACGGUGCAAAAACUGAAUACACUGGAAACAGAAAGUAUGACCAACUCGUUGCGUUUUCUGAACAUGCAUCGAAUCCCACCAUGCAAGCCAUCGAAGCCUCCCAACUCGAAGAAGUUAUUCGAGACAAGCCUGUUAUAUAUCUCCUUCUGCAUACCCCUGCCGACAAGAGUAUUAUGGAUCAUGUGGCCAAGGAAUCCCAGCUUCUGUUCGGCUCGCCACCGGUCUAUCUUUCCUCUUCACAGGAGCUCUUCAAAAAGUACAACAUCCGGGAUGAUGCACCCUACGCAAUUCUUGCGUUAAAGGAUCACGACGCUCGCCAGCCGACAUCGACAUUUUAUCCCUCAUUGUCCCAUCCAGAGAGAGAUGCACUAAGGGAAUGGUUUUUCGCGAAUCGAUUUCCGACAUCUUUGGAGCUAUCUCGCGAUGUGUUUCAGGACGUGAUGAACGCUCCACAUCAACCUUUGGUGGUUAUAGUCUCUACCCCUCCAGGUGCACGGGACUCUGUUACUGAGAAAUUGAAUGACAUCGGGAAGAAGUGGCGCUUGAAAAUGAAUCAAGGCCAGCACGGGGGUGGAAGGAGGGAUGUUGUAUUCACUUGGAUGGACACAGAUCAGUGGGGGAAAUGGAUGAAGAAUAUGUAUGGGAUCAAGGUAGCUGGGGAACCCGAGGUUGUCGUUGCUGAUCACCAGCGGUUGCUCUACUACAACAAAGACGGAUCUGGGCAACUUAUCAAGUUAAAUUUCGUCAGCAUCUCUUCGGCACUUGAACCUAUCUUGCAGGGAAAAGCAAGACCCAAGCAUUCACAGAACAUUUUCGAACGUGUUGUACAGGUAUUGAACUCGAGUGUUGUCCGACUUGGACAAUCGAUAGCCACUCACCCCUACGUGACGGUCCUUUUCGUCCUAGGCUUUCUUGCGUCCGCGUUUAUGGCGAUAACAAAACUGCUUCGCGAUGAUUUCGAGGAUUCUCAUCCUGACAAGCGGUAUGCGAAAUCGGGUCGUAUAGAUUGAUUCUCCGACGCGUGUAUCUCGCACCUGAAAUGACUCGCUUUCCCUAGUGUGGUGGUUCCUUGGGUUGUCUACAUUCAUAUGCCCCUGG